UACUCUGUACUAGGUAGCUAUACAUACACCUUUACUACGGAGUACCCCAUCAUCACUGUAUAGAGACCGUGUCCUAGAUAACCCUUAUCGAAUCCAUAUUUUACACAGGCUUCUACCACCUUCCUCACCACACAACUUCCGCUUCUCUGCUAGGUAUGGAAUCAGCACGGGACGCCAGAAAUCCAAUAGCUGCUGCGCUGUUGCAACCUUCUCGAUGGCUUCCACUUUACGAGGAGUUCGUGACCAAGAACGCUAGCUCCGUGAGUCAAGUAGAGUCGGCCCUGAGAUCACUUACAUAUAUCAUCCCAGGGCGAUACCGAGAUUCAGAGAUAAGUUCAGAAUGCGUGCACUCGGGUGUACAGCUUCUGUCGCUCUAUCAUGACUCUCUUGUUUCUCGAGUCGUCUCUAGACUACCGUCGACGGCCCCUCGACCUAUACCGUCACCUCAUGCGCGAUAUACCAAAUUUUGGACCUCUCGUUCAUUACUGUAUAAAAAAAUCGCACUCAGUCUACAGAUGGUCCAGUACACUGAACUACUGUGGGAGAUGACUGCCCGACGCCGUGGGGAAAAGGUCCGCUGGCGUGUGGUUAUCCUGAUUGAAGUCAUCAAGGCUAUCUGCCGCCUGUUACUGCUUCGCCUCACAAACUCCAGACCGCUCGUUAGUCCUCCGUUGCCUGAAAGGGAGGUAGAUCCUAGGUUCCUGGAAGAAGAGGAUAGUGACUGGAAUGGGAUGCAGACACCCGUUAGCCAACAGUCGUCGGACUCGUGGACAAUGCCUCGUACGGGGCUGUCGCUUCCCUCCCUUCCUGACGUUAACGGUCUUUCCAACUACCUUAUAACCAAAGUUCUCACAGCCGAUGAUAUAAAACCACCAAAAGCGCUACUGCGUCGAGUUACUGGCCAAGGCCAAUUAGCAGAGGUGCUAUACAUACUUCGGCCAAUUAUAUAUGCGCUCGCAAUGGAAAGAUAUUGUGGGAAUAAGCGAAGCUGGCGGCCCUGGCUGAUUGGAUUCGGCAUGGAAUAUGGUUGUCGACAAUUGUCUAAGUCUGAUUUUCGGGAGACAGUCACUGGCGGCCUUCGGGGGCUGACUGGGCUCGAACGAGAGGAAAUGAGAAAGAGAGGCUGGGCCAUGGGUUGGUGGUGUAUGCGAGGAGCUUUUUACGAAGACAUAACUAAAUCCUUAUUGAAGAGCUUGACCGGGAAGAUGAAGGGCAAACCUUUGGUUGACCUGAUAGGCAGCGUUGUUGAGGAUUAUGAAUAUCUAUGGGAUAGUUAUUAUUUCUCAACGGCAACACUGUGACCAUUACGUUGAUGCUACUUUUUUUCGAGCCUUUCCUUCUUGCAGGCCUUGUGAGCCCUAUUUCUCUUAAUGUUUUUUUCUGAUGGUCAAUCUAGAUACCCGAUAUUCUCGUGCCCUCCCUUCUCCUUUUCUAAUAUGGAUGCUGCAGUAUGGUUUCCUUCUAUCCCCUCGUCCACUUCCCUCGGGACAUCAUGUAUUGUUGCCUAACCAACCCCCAAACCUUCUGGACAUAUUGAACUUACGGAAACAAUGAAAGGAGGGAGGGUAUCACAUUUGUCGUUACUAUCUUUUCUAUACAAAACCUCGGGGUGAAUUUGUAGGGUUGUCAUGCGACAACAACCGCUGCACGUU